CCCAGACGCCGUGACAACAGACGCCGCUCCGUCCAGGUGUACGGUGUGAGAUAUUGCAGUGAUCCGGACCGUUUCAGAUCUCUGUCGGUAUACUUGCGUGAAAUGGCCUAACGCGAUAUGCUUUGUCUCCGAGCUCGUCUGUCACUCGGACGUCCGAAAUGCCGUCUCUCCGCCCAUCUCGUCCCUCAUCUCCCAGAGAAUAAAGCGGGAACGCCGCUAACAUGAACACGGACGAAGGGAUCAGGCUGUGAGCUGUGAGUUUAAACCUCGAGUGGGAAAAGCUAGCGGUUAGGCUAGCCAGCUAGCUGUGACACCCGGCGGCGGAGGCUCGGAUAUCGGAUUUGCGCAACCAUGGCGGGGCUCAUCAAGAAGCAGAUCCUGAAGCAUCUCUCCAGGUUUGCUAAGAACCUGUCGCCAGACAAAAUCAACCUGAGCACACUGAAAGGGGAGGGCCAGCUCACCAACCUGGAGCUCGAUGAGGAGGUGCUCCAGAGCCUGCUGGACCUGCCCACCUGGCUGGCCAUCAAUCGUGUGGAAUGCAACAAGGCUGCCAUCAGGAUACCAUGGACCAAGUUGAAGACUCACCCGAUCUCUUUGACCUUGGAUAAAGUGGUGAUGGAGAUGAGUACCUGCGAUGAGCCUCGUCCACCCAAUGGCCCGUCUCCCAUUGCAACAGCAUCAGGACAGAGUGAAUAUGGUUUUGCUGAGAAGGUGGUAGAGGGCAUAUCCUUAUCAAUCAACUCCAUUAUCAUCCGGAUCAGUGCCAAGGCCUUUAACGCCUCUUUUGAGCUCUCCCAGCUGCAGGUUUACAGCGUCAACACCAGCUGGAGUAUCAGUGACUUGCGAUUUACUCGCAUUCAGGACCCCCAGAGAGGAGAGAUUCUGACAUUUAAAGAGAUCAGCUGGCAGAUGAUCCGAAUCGAGGCCGACGCCAUCCAGAGCGCCGAGCACGAGAUGUUGAGCGCCCCCAUCCGCCUCAUCACCAACCAGUCCAAGAUCCGAGUCACUCUCAAGAGACGGAUCAAAGACUGUAACGUGGUGGCUUCCAAGCUGAUUCUGAUCUUGGAUGACCUGCUGUGGGUGCUGACAGACUCUCAGCUCAAAGCUAUGGUGCAGUAUGCCAAGUCCCUCAGUGAGGCUAUGGAGAAGUCUGCACAGCAGAGGAAAAGCAUGGCCACAGAAGACCAGGUGUCAUCGCCGCCCCCUUCAGCCCAACAGGUGCGCACACAACAGGCGUCCUCGGCCGCCGACCAGAGUGCAACCAUGGCCAAGCUGUUCAGCGCCUAUGAUGUGUGUGAGACAUCGCACCAUCUCCAGAUCACACACCUAGACCUGCACAUCUGCGACGAUAUCCAUGCUAAGGACAAAGUUGUCAAUAAAAGGAUAACAGGUGGAGCCAUGCAGCUUUCCUUCAGCUCCAUUACUUUGGAUUACUACCCUUUCCACAGAGCAGGUGACAGCUGCGCUCACUGGAUGCACUACAGCGACGCCACUAAAACGAGAGAGAGCUGGGCACGGAGCCUCCUGGAUGAAUUCAGGACCAACGUGGAGAUGUUAAAGAGCACAGUUCGAGACCAGCAAGGCCCGAGCCACAUGCACAGUUCCCCAAAGCAUGGUAAGAUAAACACGUCUUCCAGCGCUUCCUUCAGUCCUCCUGCACCUCAGACUCCCAAGACUCAGCUCAUGUCCAGCUCAAUUGUUCUCAGGAUGGCUGACUUCAGCAUCUAUCAGGUCUCAACAGCAGACCAGAGCCGCUCCAGCCCCAAGACCAUGAUCUCCUGUAAUAAGAAGUCCUUGUACCUUCCAUCAGAGAUGCCAGCCAUCCAUGUAGAGUUCACAGAAUACUAUUUUCCUGAUGGAAAAGACUACCCUAUUCCGUGUCCAAACCUUUACGCUCAGCUCAAUGCCCUGCAGCUGGUCCUGGAUCCUCGCAGCCUGGUGUGGCUCAACCUCUUUGCCCUCGACCUCAUGCAGAGUCUGGAGCAGUUCAUGGAGAUCUACAAGCUCACUGACUCUCAAAAACCAGACGAGCAUGUUGACAUCAGGGUUGACGGCCUCAUGCUGAAGCUCGUGAUUCCCACUGAUCAGGACUCUUCUUCGCCUGCUGACCUGCCUCGCUCCAUCUCAAUUCAGACUUCAGAAAUGGCAGCCACUAAUACCCGACACCCAGCCAACUGCACGCGAUCCCACCUUGAGGCCCUUCUGCAGGCCUUUGAAGAGGAACCCUUCUUCUCUUCAUCUUUUUCCUCUUUCCCUCGCUCCUCAUCCUCUUUACCCAUCCUCCAUCCCGUCUUCCAGCGCCACGCUCACGAACAGGACACCAAGUUGCACGACAUUUAUCGGGGCCUGGUGGUGCCCACGAUGGGCACGGACGCCCUCAAGAUGCCUGCUGCCACUGACUUUUGGGCGCUGCACUUUGCCCAGUUUUGGGUGGACUAUGAAGGAACCCGCGGAGGUAAAGGGCGGCCGCAGCCCUUUGUGGACUCCUUCCCUCUAACUGUGUGGGCGUGUCAGCCAGCAAAGCUCGUCCAGCAUCAGGAGAAGCUGAGGAGUGCUGCUGGACCAGGACUGUCCAGAAGCUCGUCAGCGGAGGCUGUUGCACGUUUACAGAGGAAGCGAUUAUUAAAGGAGUAUUACAGCACUGAUGCAACGACAUCAUCAUCUCACAAUAGCAAUUCAGCACUGCCAGCCAGUAAUGGCCUUCAUAAACCCCUCUCACUAGACAGUCUGCCCUCCUCAUCCUCCUCUUUGCCAUCAGAUAAGGAUGCAGAUGUGCAUGUGUUGGUGCAUGUGCAGAAGCAUCUGAGCGCUCAGGUGAGCCAUCGGCAGUAUGUGUUUCUGAUGCAGCUUCAGCGCACCAUCAAAUCCCUGCAGCAGACACUACAGCAGGAUCUGGAGAAGAUGAGCUCCAAGAGAGACCGCAAGGAUCCUUCCCACCAUCCGGCAGAUCGCCAGCCGUUCACCGUCUGCUUGGGCCUCCUGCUCAAAAGCGCAGAGGUGUCCCUGCUCCUGAAGCCCAUUCCGCAGCCCGAGGGUUCAGGAUCUCCUCCAGGCUCGGAGCUGUCGCCCUCAGAGAGCCGAGGAACUCUGGAGCCUGCGAGUGAUGCGAGAGACGGGGGAGAGAAAGGCAAUGAAGGAUCUGGCUCAGAAGGUGGAGGAGCCAAGCAAUCUUGCACUGUAGACCAGCUGCUUUGUGGCGAUGGCUUAGAGGGAGGACCCAUGCAGGUUCCUGCACCUCUCGUUCCCGCUUCCACUUCAACUACACAUCCCGACUUGAACCACAAAACCUCAGCGGAGGAGAGGACUCCAGCUAAAAGGACUGGGAGGGGGAGUUCAGAUGAAGGUGGCGAGGUGCUGAUGGAUGGGCUGUCUGGAGGUGAUGAUAUGGGAUCUAGGUUAGACUCCAAAAGCCAACCAUGUGACCAUCUGCCUGAUCCACUCAGCAGCAAAGACUGGAGCGACAAAGACAAGGCUGCAAAGAUGCCUCAGUCAAUAUCCAGUGGUCGUUUGAUGCGGGAUCGCUCCCAGUCCAGUUUCUCUGUGUCCUAUAAAAAUAUGAAGAAGAGCCCCUCUCUGCAGUCCCUGGACAACAUCUCCAUAGAUAGCUCCCUGAUGGAGGAUGGAGACACUUACAGCCUGCUGGAUAGAGACGACGUGUCCAUCUCAGGCUUCAAAGACGUCAUCAGUGAACAAAGCACCGCAGAGAGCGCCAUCGAGGCGCGGACUGGUCAGGAGCACGAGGGAGGAGAGUCCCCCGACUCUGCCAGCGCAGCAUCACAGAGCAUUGACGAGCCCACCAAAGACACAGUGUCAGUGCUGGUGUUGAAGGUGCAGUCGGUGUGUGUGGGCAUGGAGGCCAUGGGCGAGAGCACAGCCGUGGCUCUGGAGGUGGGCCAGGUCACACCCAGCCAGCUGGGAAAUGUCAGCCUCAGACAGUACCUCAGCAACCGCAGCCUGGGUAUGGUGUGUUCAGUACCAAUACCUGCACAAAGCAGCCAAGCUGGCGGCGAGACCAGCUCUGCAUCCAUCCAGGGCCUUCACAGUCCGGCGGUCCGGGCUCGGCUGGAAAGCGGGCCCUGGGCCGCCGCCCACUCCCCGUUGGCUGAACGUAACGGCUUCCUCCAGCUGCAGCUUCACGAUUACACGGCAAGCUUCAUGAUGUCCUCGCUCCGCAACCUUGCCCUUUUCCUGGAGGAUGACUCGGCCUCACAAGUGCUGCCCAUGGAGAUCAGCGUCAGGGACACACACAUUGAUUUAAAGGAUGAUGACCCUCGUGAUAAUCCCGACUCAGAGCCCUCGCCCAUCACGCUGCACAUCGACAGCCUCAUCAUACACAGAAGAGACGAUGGGUCUUUCUCUAUAGGAGUGGACAGAGCAGGAGAGGCCAAACCCAAGAAAGCGGCCUCAGCGACUGACAGCUCUCUGAGUCCAGUCCCUGAGACUGUGGGCGGCAUCUGUGGUGUUUCAAAGGCGACGCAGACUCAAGCUCCGCCUACCAGCCCCCCUCCAUCUGACAAGGAGAUGAUGCUGAUCGAAGAGAAUGAGUGUUUAAAGGUGGAGCUUUCCCGGGCGAAGAUGGCGCUGGCUGAGGCUCAGAUGGAGAAGGACUCGCUGCUUCACCGACUGAAGAACCUCAAAGUCAGCACCAGCUAGACCGCCACUCUCUAAGACCCUACAAGUCUCGCAAAAUAAGAAGGAAAAGAUGUUUUUUUUUUUUUUGUUUUGUUUUGUUUUUUUAAAACUACAGCGGCUCCCUUUUCACGAGCCACCGCGUGACUUCAGACUUAUACAAAUGAAACAAUCCUGAGUCUUUGAAGACCCUGAGAAAACACAUUUUUACACACUUGUCGUCUGUUUUAUGUUUUCCACUCUGGAUUGUGGACAGUUCACACGUUUGCAGCGCUAAGAAGGAUAAAAAGCGCACCUGUGUGUGUUUGUGUCUGUGUGUGUGUUUCUGUGAGACAGCAAGAGGACGAGAUUUCUAACUUUGGUCGUGCCUACAGAAAACCAUUCCCAGAAACCUGCUUCUGUUGUUCAAGUUUCAAUUAAAAACAAGCAUCCCAGCUUUUCUUCAGUGAGCUUCACUCAGACCUGUAGGCACGAGGAACCGCUGAAUGUCGUAUCUUCAGAGGAAUGUCUUACUUUGCACUGCGCUGAAAUUCGAUUUGUAAUCCAGCGCUUUCAUAUUCAGAGGGGAGCGACGAAUCAUGUUCCUGCUCGUCCUCACAGCGUGUACAGUGUAUAUUGUACAAGAAUGUGAACACAUAACUAUUUUCUACAGAACUUUGAAUGAUUUUGCAGUGAUUCAGUUGAAUGAGUGUGUCUCUCAGUGAGAACAAGCAUUUCUUUACAAGUAAAGUGUGAAUUUCCAUGGCUUUGACACCAGUCUGUUCCUCCCCGCCCGCACCCAUUCCCAUUUAUUUUAUUUUUUUUUUAAUUAUGUGUAAAUAGCUCCUUAACAUGUGCUGCACUUUUAAAACUGGGGCAAUGUAAAUACAACAAUCAGAACUGUGAGAGAAAAGUUGAGCCGACGAGUAGAGACAGUGGAAAUAAACGUCCACUCUGAGAAAAGAGGAAAAUUAGGGCACCUUAAAGCUGCCUGAUUACUUAGGUAUGCGUGUGUGUGUCUUUAUGUGAAUUUUCUAAUCUGCCAUCUAAUGUAAUUUUAUUUUAUUUUUUUUCCGUGGACGCACAAAGACUAUAUCUGUUCAUGUGCCCAUGCCUCAUGCUUGUGCGGCUACUUUAGGGGGAGUGACUUUUCUAACAGCACAUGCUUCGGCACAGCACAAAAGGAUAGUUCUUGGCGUCUGUGGAGUCGGAACAUUAAAUCGGUCUAAAGGUGCAUUUAUCGUAGCCUGUGCUCUAGCCUGGCCCACUUCAUUUCAGAAUGUUUUUUGUUCUUUUUAAUUUAAAACAAUGUUUUGGUUUGUUUGGUUUCCUGAAACAAAGCUAGUUGCUUCCACGAAUGAGCGAUUCAGACUUGAAAUUAGAUUUUUAACAGAGAUGUCUUCAUAAAGAGGAAUGUUUUACUUUACAUCUGCUUUAUUUUGGCCCAUUUUUCCUAGCCUUUUUUUUUUUUUUUUGGAAAACUAUCUUAAAAAAGGAAAACAAAAAAUAAAUAACAAAACAAAAAAUAAUAAGUUGUAUUUUGUCUGUCAAAGCUGCUGAAAUACUCACAAUAAUAAAAGGUAUCCGACUGAAAAGGUUUCAAUCUUU